UUACGGGCCACCCAGUCCCAAUACGAGCCCGGUGGCGGAUCUUGCGCCGACAAAGAGCAGAGAGGGGGAGGGUUCCUUCUGCCCCUCGUGGCUCGCUCACAGCCCCCUUCUCUGUCUUACAAUUAAACCGGCGUCGGAAGUUAUCUGGUGGAUUCCCUCCUUUUCUUUGCUUGUUUCACUCUCACCCACCCGUUGCGUGUCCCCGGUUCCCCUUCAAUGCGUCAUGGAUCGAUCUGAAUGGGAUGCAAAAGACAAUGAAAACUCCGACCCAUCCCCCCAGCAGACGAAACACCGGCCGCGACAGAGCCCCGGUGCCGCCUGCGAGGAAUGCCGCCGCCGCAAGCUGCGGUGCGACCGCAAGACGCCGCAGUGUGGUGUGUGCGCCGCGGCGGACAUAGUGUGCCAAUUCAACCCGUCGCGGGCGGAGCGUGGGCCUAAAAAGGGCAAUCUUCUGCAGCUGCAACAGCGGAUGGCGGCGCUCGAGGAGCGUCUCUCCCUCGCCACAGAGAGCGGUUUGCUUCUUUCAGAUCCGAUCUUGACGACGACCGACAUCUCGCAGUUACCAUCGCUGCCCCUGUCUCCGGAGACCUUUACUGGGGCUCCAAGCUCCCUGGAUCUGCGGUUGCCGUCGAGUCCGCUGCUGCAGGCGGGGACAGAAAUCUCGGCCCUAAUGCGAGAGGAACUAGACCAGUUAUAUUUCGAUCGGGUUCACGUCUUUGCGCCGAUGAUCCACCAGGGCCGGUAUGGAUGCUGGAGCUCCCAGCAACCCAAGAGCGAAUCCAAGGAAGCCCUGCAGUAUGCAAUGUGGACGCUGGGCGCUGCUUUCUCUGCGCAUUUUCAACAACUCGCGCCGUCGCUGUACGAGGAAACUCGACAUAUACUUGACGCGCUGGAGGUGAAGGGGCGAGAGACUGAUAUUACCGAGAUCGAGCACCUCCAGGCAUGCCUGCUCCUCGCCAUUUACGAAUUCAUACAUUCCUACGACCGCCGCAGCUGGAUGCGAGCAGGAUACGCCUUCCGGCUUGUGCAGCUCAUGCGUCUGUUCGAGCUGGAUACGCCGAGUGCCUCUAUCCUGUCGCCCAGCGAAUGGGUCGAGGUAGAGGAGAAACGGCGCACCUUCUGGGUUGCCUUCUGCCUGGAUCGGUUUCUCAGUAUUCGAAAUCGAUGGCCGUUGACUUUAAUCGAACAUCUUAUCACCUCACGCCUGCCCGCCCCAGAGACGGCCUUCCAGUCUGCCCAGCCUGUGGUCAUGGAGUUUCUAGCCGAUGCCAUCGCGUCCAGUGGGCCCCUUAUCUCUUCUCCCUUUGCAGAGCUCGUCAUCGUGGCAACUGUCUGUGGCCGGGCCCUUGUCCACCAUUAUCAGGCCCUUGUCGAGAGCAACUAUCACACCUCUAUCCAUAAUUUCCAUGACCGCCAUCACUGGAUUCACGCCACCCUUGUCCAGCGACUGGAGAUACUCGCAUCCCAAGCUCCAGUCAUUGCCGAGAAUGCGGACUCUAUAAUACUGUUCACCCGCAUGCUAGGGCAAACGACGAUGCUCUAUCUGUAUCAUACACUGGAGCAGAGUACAUACAAUCUUGACAGCCUCGAAGUUGCCUCCGUGUCUGAAUAUAAUGAUAUUGCCCUCACUGCGGCACAGGAAAUGGUACUGCUAACGAGGGUAUUGAGCCAGAUUAAUUCAUUCAAAAUCCAUCCCUUCACUCCCAUUCCUCUUUAUCUGUGCUCGGACUUCUUCAACGCUUACCGAGACCCCAGCACGACAUUCUACGCGAAGCUACAAGAAGUCUUCCAGGCUCUGCGAAAUAUCAAGUGCGUGAACAGCCUCAGCGGUAAACUGCACCAAAUUCUCGAAUCGAGCGAAGCUCAACAGCCAGCGAUGGAAAUAGAAAAUGGAGUCUCUACAGAUUAACCUGUAAAUAUGAAGUUGGCAGAAAUACCUUGAUGAUAUAAAUGCCUGACGGCCGAUCUAUUUGUUUGCUAGAUUCAUGAUGUUCGAGUUGCGACAGGCGGAAUAUAUAUGGGUCGAGGAUUAAACAGCACGCCUGCGCAUAUAAAUAUAUACGUAUCUCAUCUCAUUAGAAUUUAAAGAACAGUUUCAGAAUACAAAAAAUAUUACGCAAUAUAAACCUGC